UCAUAGGCGUUGAAGAUCUUGGAUAGGACAAGCUUGAAAAUAUUUACAAGCCGAAGGGCAAGACUUGGUUAGUUUGGAUAGAACAAAAGCGACACUGCAGAUGAGGUAAAAUACACACUAACUGGCCAAAGAAAUGUGGAUCUUUUAUCCCAUCGCAAUUCUUACAGUUGCUUUAACCGUAUUCGGGAGAGCAGCAUCCCUAGAAUGUUACAACUGCACUGGCGUGACAAACUUGCGUAAAUGUAACACCAAAAUUACAUGUGAAGAUCAACAGGUGUGUUUUAAAAAGAGAGAAUACACUGAACACGUUUCGUAUGAUCUAGGAUGUGUCGACAAUCAGAAUUGCGGUGAUUUUGCAAACUUCACUCCUGGUGUACCUGCUAUGAAAAUGGACGGAGGUCAAACACAGCCAUGCUUUGAAUGCUGCUCCACCAACAACUGUAACAUCAAACUCUGUGGAUAUAAAGAUUCUUCUGAGUGUGUCGAUGACGCAAAGACAGACUGUGCUUAUUUGAACUCCUUGUUCAGUAUCUGCAAAUUGAUUAAUCAAGCAAAAAAGCUAUGCCCAAAAUACUGCAAACUGUGCAAUGUGGUGGAUGGGAACUGGUCACCUUGGUCAAAGUGGUCAGACUGUGACGUCACAUGUGAAAAUGGAACGCAGGUUCGUACCCGGUCAUGUACUGAUCCUGCUCCACAAUAUGGCGGCCUUGAUUGCCUGGGAAAUGAUACUGAUACAAAGUCGUGUCAAAAUAAACCUUGCCCGGGUAAGUUGACGGUUCUUUAGUAGCGUGUUAUUUCAUUGAUCGAUGUUUAUCAUUACAGAUCUGGUGCAGACGUUCUGCGCAUGCCCGGAAGUGAUUAUAAAUUGGAGUGCAUGGCAAAUAUACGCAAAUGUUUUAACGUCCGCACGCAUUUAGUGAAUAAUAUGUAU